GGCAGCCCUAGCGGCCCGCACAGCGCGUGAAAAGUUCUCACCGUCUAUCCGCGUCCGUCUUCUCCCAACACUCGAUCUUACCCCCGUCGCCGACAUCCCUCGAGAUACCUCAUAUCCUUUGAUUCCUCGAUUUGAGAAUCUCGACAUCACACCGUCAAAAUGGUCAAGACUUCCGUCCUCAACGAUGCGCUUAACGCCAUCAACAACGCCGAGAAGAGCGGUCGCCGUCAGGUUAUGAUCCGCCCUUCCUCCAAGGUCAUCAUCAAGUUCCUUUCCGUCAUGCAGAAGCACGGCUACAUUGGCGAGUUCGAGGAGGUUGACGACCACCGCUCCGGCAAGAUCGUCAUCCAGCUUAACGGCCGCCUCAACAAGACCGGUGUCAUCAACCCCCGUUACCCCGUCCAGCUCCGUGACCUCGAGAAGUGGGCCACUCAGCUCCUUCCCUCCCGUCAGUUCGGCUACGUCGUCCUGACCACCUCCGCCGGUAUCAUGGACCACGAGGAGGCUCGCCGCAAGCACGUUGCUGGCAAGCUCCUCGGUUUCUUCUACUAA